GCCACUGGACGCCGGAAUCAUAGCGGUCUUCAAGCGACGCUACCGUCACCAUGUUGCCAGCCGCGCUUAUGAAAAUGGCUUGCACGCGGAUAUCAGGGCUGCAGAAGAGACAGUACAAGUGGAGUCGGAUGGAAAUGAAGAGGAGGAAGUGGAGCAGAAUGGCGCGAGGGCAGUUGAUGCAACAAAUUCGUCUAAGGCAUCCAGGGUGGCCAUGGCAAAGGUCUCGAAUUUUGAGGGCUGGCAGCUUGCCGCCCAAGCCUGGAGCGAGGUCAAGCCGCAGUCCAUCAGGAAUUGCUUUGCUCACGUCCCUAUAUUGAACGAUGACCAGAAAAAGGAACUGAGGACCUGCGACGAAAUCGAUGCAAAUGUGCAAGCAGCUAUCAGGGAUGCGCGCGAAGACAUCGCUGACCGUGCCUCCAUGAUGAACAGAUAUCCGAGGAUGACAUUAGAGCAACGCUUCCCUGGCGCGUUUGGACCAGCAAUCUGUCAAUCGACUCAGAACAGCAGUCUUGUCCCAGCAACAUAUACCAGCGCUGAACGGGACUACUACACAAGGCUCAGCGCGCUUCUGGAUGGGUCUACCUUCCUCAACGACGUUAUUCAUCAACGAAGGAAAAACAGCGAUUUUAUGGAGUGCUUUGCCAUGGAACCAAGAACAGUGCCGCUUGACGAGCUCUUCCCUGACGAGGAUGACACGGAUGAUGAGGACUACGGAAACGACUCUACAAGUAUGCGGCAACCUGGAGCAGCCGUACAGUCGUUAGAAACGUGUCCGUUAUCCCAAUUGCUAGAGGCACCACGUCUCGGAUUGACUACAUCGUCAUCAACGCUCAGGACAUCGGACGUGCUUGUAUUGACAGAAGGAGCGAUCUUAUUGGCCCCUGGAACGAUUGUAGCACCGUCUGGAUCGAUCGUGGCGCAAAGGACUCUUCAAACCAAGCACCAAUUCUAUGCAUGGCCUACGGAUGAUCUGCGUUCUUCCGACAUCUCGGAACCGGAAUUCCUUUAGUAUAAUGAGGAUGAGACUGCGACACGCUAUAGAUGUUGCUGCAGAGAAGCUAGUCAGCCCUGCAAUAGGGAUCGCAAAGUCUGGAUUUGUAAAGGACUAUAACAGCAGAGAGCGUGAGAGGAUGGAGGAGGAGCGCAUGCUCGAGGAAGAGGAGGUAAGCAUCAGGAAGAAAUAUCCCAACAUUCAAUUCAAAAUACACAGGUUAGAUCCCUCACAUGACUAAGGAGGAUAAAAUAAAAAUUUUGAAUUAAAACGGCUAUUGACCAGUGACAUCGCGCGAUUCCUUUGAAUCUUGGCUAACUGUCAUGAUCGUGACAGUAAGGGGAGAUUGACUGUAUA